AUGGGUCGUCUUGCUGGUAAAAACGCCGUCAUCACCGGCGCUGCUGGUGGCAUCGGUCUUGAAACCUCCAUCCUCUUCGCCAAAGAAGGUGCAAAUGUCCUCAUGGCUGAUAUUUCCGAGCCCGCUCUCGAAAAGGCCCUCGCCAAGGUGAAGCAGCUGGUCCCUUCCGCCGGCAAGAUCGAAACCAAGAAAUGCGACGUCUCCAAGGAAGCCGAUGUCCAGGCCCUCAUCGAAUCCGUUGACCCCUGGGGCGGCCUCGACGUCAUCUUCAACAACGCCGGCAUCAUGCACGCCAAGGACGACGACGCUGUCAACACCCCCGAAGAGAUCUGGGACCUCACCCAAAACAUCAACGUCAAGGGCGUCUGGUUCGGCUGCAAGCACGCCGUUCUCGCUCUCCGCCGCAACAAGAAGACCAAGGGCAGCAUCAUCAACACUGCCUCUGUUGUUGCUCUCGUCGGCGCCGCCACACCCCAGCUCGCUUAUACGGCUUCCAAGGGAGCUGUUCUUGCGCUGACCCGCGAAUUAGCCAUGGUUCAUGCCCGUGAGGGCUACAGAUUCAACAGCUUGUGCCCUGCGCCGCUGAACACCCCUCUGCUGCAGGACUGGUUGGGCGACGACCAGGCCAAGCGACACAGACGCGAGGUCCAUUUCCCCACUGGGCGUUUCGGCGAGGCUAUUGAGCAGGCUCAUGCUGUAGUCUUCUUGGCCAGUGAUGAGGCCAGCUUCAUGAACGGCCAUGACUUUGUUGUUGAUGGCGGCAUGACGAAGGCGUAUGUUACCCCCGAGGGUCCCCCUGCCCCUGCUCCUCAGAACAACGCUUCCAAGAGCUCGCUGGAAUAG